AUGCCUUUUAACGGACGUCCAAGACCCAGACAGGGAUUUGUGAGCUCUCCCAGGGAUGGAGCUCCUAACGGAGGUCCAAGACACAGACAGGGAUUUGUGAGCUCUCCCUGGUAUGGAGCUCCUAACGGACGUCCAAGGCCCAGACAGGGAUUUGUGAGCUCUCCCUGGUAUGGAGCUCCUAACGGAGGUCCAAGACCCAGACAGGGAUUUGUGAGCUCUCCCUGGGAUGGAGCUCCUAACGGACGUCCAAGGCCCAGACAGGGAUUUGUGAGCUCUCCCUGGGAUGGAGCUCAGUCCCGGGUCUCAGAUGAUUUUCGCCAACUCCAAAUGGAGAUUGAAGACUGCAAAAAAGAAAAUACUGUCCUGACCGACGGCAGCGAUAAACUGGAGUAUAUUAGAAAUAUAUUAGGAAUAGUAGAGCGUGAAGAGGAAAUGGAAAGAAUGAUGAUCAACAAGAACUUGGACAGGGAAAGAGAAAUCGAGGUUGCAAAUGAGAAAAUGACCCUGGAAGAACUAAAAAGACAGACUGAGAUGACAGAGAUGUUUAAGGUAAAGCUGGAGAAAAAGGAUUUCUUUCUUGCUCAAGAAAAAUACUUUAAGGAAUCAGCAGAGAAAGAUUCCCUUGUAUAUGUGAAAAAAAUCAAAGACGCUGAAACUCGUUUGGAGGCUGAACGCCAGCUCACACUGGACUGUAAAGGAGAACUCAAUCAGUGCAAAGGCAUUAUUGAGGAUCUAGUUCAGUCGUCCAAAACGCUUGAAAAAGACGGUGAGGUUAAGUCCAAGCAGGAAGAGGCCCAUAAGUUGGUCCUUGAUGAAAUAGAAAAAUUAAAAAAGCAACUGGAAGAAGAAACAAACUCACAUCUUGAUCUGAUAUCUAAACUGGAGGCACAGGAAACAUUGAAAUCGAAUGUACAGUUCAAGAUUGCAGAGCUCACAGAGGAAAUGAAAUUUGUCCUGGAAACUUCUGAGUCUUCUGCAACAGAAAACCUCUCAGAAAUGAUAAGUGUCUCAUCACAAACUGACAAUGCUUCUUUGGAAAAUGUAUCAGAACCUUCAGAACCAGAGAGGGUGUCUGAACAAGAAGCUGAGAAAUCAUCACCAACGGAGCCUGAACACAGCAAAGACAAGAUGUUAGAAGUUGUUGUAGAGAAUAGCAACAAUGAACUUAACCAAGACUUUGCUGCAAACGUGGGGGUGUCAGGCCCAGAAGAGGUCUCUGAGCUGAAAAUGACCACUGAAUCGCAAUUGGUUUCUGAAGUUUCUGAACAAAAAGCCAAGAAGCGUAGACGCAGAAAAAAGAAAAAGCCAGAGCAAUCUGACGAUGCAAAUCAACCUGAAGAUGGUGUACCGACAGCAGACUUGGUGAUUGAUGUAGAACUCACCGAAGAAAGUAACCAGCCUGAGGUCGGUGAUAACUUGGCUGAAAAAGUGGGAGACCCUGAACCAGAAGAGUUGUCCAAACCGGUACCAACCCCUGAAACAGCAUUGGUCUCUAAACAGGAUGGGGUUGCUGGACAAAAAGCCAAGAAGCGUAGGCGCAGAAAGAAGAAGUCAAAAAAAUCUGAGGAUGUUAAUCAGGUCAUUGAUUACCUACCUCAAUCAGAAGAUGGUAUACCAACACCAGACUUGAUGAUUUUGCAAGAGUUGGCAAUAAAAGUAGGAGUUGCAGAACCAGAGGGCGUCUCUGAGCUGGUGGGGGCCGAUGAAAAGGUCACUGAAACAGCAUUGGUCUCUGAACACGAUGGGGUUUCUGAGCAAGAAGCAAAGAAGCAGAGACCAAGAAGGAAUAACGGGUCAGUAAUUACUGAGAAUUUGAAACAAUUUGAAGUAAUUGAAGGACUCCCUGAACCGAAGGAUGCUGUUAUAAAAGAGGACACCAAAAUGGUAUAUAAUCCUUCACUGUGGAGACAAUUUAAGAAGUUCCUCACCCCGGCAUGUCUGCGUCAGUACAAGCACAAGAACACAGUCCAAGAUUGA